GGCCACGCGCGGCCAGCGCUUCCGGCCCGCCCACCCCGGCGCAGCCCCGCCCAUCGGCGUGCGGCGCGGCCGAGGCGGGACUGGCUAGCGGACGGCGGCUCGGCAUGGCGCGCGUGGCUCUCGGCCUGGUGAGCUGCACCCUGUUCCUGGCCGUUCAUGGUCUCUACUCCUCCGGUGAUGCCGUCAUCGAGCUGACGCCAACCAACUUCCACCGUGAGGUCAUGCAGAGUGACAGCUUGUGGCUCGUGGAGUUCUUCGCGCCCUGGUGCGGUCACUGCCAGAGGCUGGCACCUGAGUGGAAGAAGGCGGCAAGUGCACUGAAGGAUGUUGUGAAAGUCGGGGCUGUCGAUGCAGACAAACACCAGUCCCUGGGUGGCCAGUAUGGCGUUCAAGGUUUCCCGACCAUCAAGAUCUUCGGAGCCAACAAAAACAAACCGGAAGAUUAUCAGGGUGGCAGGACCGCAGAGGCCAUCGUAGACGCCGCGCUAAGUGCCGUGCGGCAGCUGGUGAAGGACCGGCUGGGUGGCCGUGCCGGGGGCCAUGGCUCGGGAAGGCCGGGCAGGAGCGAAGGCCCCAGUAAGAAGGACGUGAUCGAGCUGACAGACGACACUUUCGACGACAGCGUGCUGGACAGCCCAGAUGUGUGGAUGGUGGAAUUCUAUGCCCCGUGGUGUGGACAUUGCAAAAACCUGGAGCCAGAGUGGGCUGCUGCUGCCACAGAAGUGAAGGAGCAGACCAAGGGCAGAGUGAAGCUGGCGGCCGUGGAUGCCACUGUGAACCAGGUCCUGGCGAGCCGCUAUGGGAUCAGGGGGUUUCCCACAAUUAAGAUCUUCCAGAAAGGUGAGGCCCCCGUGGACUACGACGGUGGGCGGACACGCUCGGACAUCGUCUCCCGGGCCCUGGACCUGUUCUCCGACAAUGCCCCGCCUCCAGAGCUGCUGGAGAUCAUCAAUGAGGACGUGGCCAAGAAGACGUGUGAGGAGCACCAGCUGUGUGUGGUGGCCGUGCUGCCCCACAUCCUGGACACUGGAGCGGCAGGCAGGAACUCUUACCUGGAGGUGCUUCUGAAGUUGGCAGACAAAUACAAGAAGAAAAUGUGGGGGUGGCUGUGGACAGAGGCGGGCGCCCAGACAGAGCUGGAGAGCGCACUGGGCAUUGGCGGGUUUGGGUACCCAGCUAUGGCUGCCAUCAACGCACGCAAGAUGAAGUUCGCGCUGCUCAAGGGCUCCUUCAGUGAGCAGGGCAUCAACGAGUUCCUCAGGGAGCUGUCUUUUGGGCGCGGCUCCACAGCACCUGUGGGUGGCGGUGCCUUCCCUGCCAUCACUACAAGAGAGCCCUGGGACGGCAAGGAUGGCGAGCUGCCCGUGGAGGACGACAUUGACCUCAGCGAUGUGGAGCUGGAUGACCUGGGGAAGGACGAGUUGUGAGAGACGCGUCCCAGCCAUGACCCAGUUCUUCUCCUUGGGAGUGAACAGGUUUCUCUAGGGAUGCAGGUGCAGCCUUGACGUGUGGAUUUGCCAGCCGCCUUUGACCCCCAGCCCAGGCUGGCCACUUGAGGGCACUGUGGCCGCACACCUCGCAUCUAAAGAACACUGAAAAAUUCUAUGAAUUGUAGCAGCAAGUCGGUGCAGUCUGUGGUGUAACGUUCUGAAGAAAACUGGGCAAAAAACUACAGUUUCCCUCCCUCUGACUGCUGCUCCAAUGUUCCCGGAGGCUGUUUGUUACGUGUAGGUUUUUUAAAAUGUGACUCCUUUAUUUGGAUAUUAAUGGCUUUUUCCAUUAAAGAAUAAAAUGAUAUUUUGGACAAUGCUGAUAAA